AUGCAGAGGAAGAACAGCAACAUCAGGAGUCGGAAAGACAGCAAAGUGAGACGGUUGAUUAAAGCCCUGAUAAGGGUUCUGUCGAAAACGAGGGAUUUGUACGUCCAAAGCCUUUCAGGUUGCGCCGGAGAAGUUCAUUCAUCAGUGGGGUGGCCUGCAUCACUACAAUUCUCAAAUUCACCAAAAAGCUUCAGUACCAACUCAUCAUUCUUAAACAAUGAUGAAGUACUCUAUGCCACGAAUAUUAGGAGCCUCCGCCUCGCCGGCAAUAUCAAAGGGGAUGACUCUCUCAGGAGACACCAGUCGGAGCCAUGUGUAGUGGGCCGGAGUCAGAUUGUUACCAUUGGAAGGAUUGCUGAAGACGAGCCCUGUGAAUUCGGAGAACAUAUCAUUGUGAAGACUGACUUUUAUCCGAAAUUCAGAAGCUAUUCAGUUUCAAGAAGUCCGAUUUUGGGAACAUCAACAUGA